GCCACAUCUUUUAAUUUGAGAAAGUAAGGUUAUGUUAUAAGUUUUCAAUAUAAACUGCUGGUAUUUUUACAUUUUUAAAGACACGGUGGCCCCCACUUCGCCAUAAUAACGGAAAUGUUGAUUUCUACGCGUCUCCUUUUUAAGCGACUGCUAUGGCGCACUUUAAAACGCAGCCUGAGCACCAAAGCGACCCCCGAACCGUCGAGCUUCUCCAUUGCGCAACAAUUAAUCACCAAAAUAAAGGUGGGGGGCCCCAUUACAGUCGCGGACUACAUGAAGCACGUUCUACUGAACCCCCAAGCCGGCUACUACAUGCAUCGUGACGUCCUCGGUGAAAAGGGCGAUUUCGUAACGUCGCCGGAACUGAGUCAGAUGUUCGGCGAACUGCUGGCGAUAUGGUUCGUGAACGAGUGGUCGAAAGUCGGCCUGCCGAAACCGGUGCAGAUCGUCGAGCUGGGUCCCGGCCGAGGCACGCUCUGCUACGAUAUCCUGCGAAUCUUCGAACGUUUUCGACUGUUGGAACCAGGGUUGACAACCGUACAUCUAGUCGAAGUGAGCCCGCAUCUCACGAAACUACAGUCCGAUUUGUUGUCGCCCUUCGACGUCCCGAUCACGUGGCACAAACACCUCGACGACGUGCCCGACCAGUUCGGCUUCUACUUGGCGCACGAGUUCUUCGACGUCCUGCCCAUACACCAAUUUAAGAAGACCGAGCGGGGCUAUCGCGAGAUCCUGAUCGACGCGGACGGCCCGGAGAAGUUCCGUUUCGUGCUCGCCCCAGGCGAGACGGCCGUGGGCAAGUGUUUCGUUUCGGCGGACGAGACGCGCGACUUUGUUGAAGUGUGCCCGGAGGGUCUGAUCUUGGCCGACAAGUUGGCGAAACGCAUCGAGAGUCACGGCGGUCUCGGUCUGAUCGUCGACUACGGGCACGGGGGGAAGAGCGCCGACACGUUUCGGGCGUUCAAGCGGCACAAGCUGCACGAUCCGUUAGUCGAGCCGGGUAGCGCCGAUCUGACGGCCGAUGUCGAUUUUGAGGCGAUAAGAAAGGUGAUGGUCGAUAAGAGUGAGGUCUUGGUGUAUGGACCGGUGAGUCAGAGGCGGUUUCUGCUGAACAUGGGAAUCGAGUAUCGAUUGGAAAAGUUGAGGUGCAACGCGAACGGCCAGGAAAUUGCCAGCUUAGAUUAUAGCUACGGUAUGUUGGUGGAUGCGGACAAGAUGGGCGAACGGUUCAAGUUUAUGGCUGUUGUGCCAGCUACAUUGGGCGCCAUAUUGAGUAGAUACCCACUUUGCGGGUUCAGUUAGUUGUAAAAAGAGCCUAGUGCUAAAGAUUUCAGGGAUUGCAUAUCUACAGACUUUCCUGGAAGUGAUUGUAACGGAUAUUCGGCACGAGGGUCAACAUACCUUCCUAGGGGGUCGGAUUCUACUAACAACUUUUUUGUUUUAAAUUUGUGCGCAAUGGCAAUUUUUAUUCGUUUUAUUAUUUAUUAAUUAUCCAGCGCCGAAUUUUCUUGGAGAGGGCUGCAGUUUACGAAGACGGAGAAAGGUCCAUAUAGGUAUUAAGUUAUGUAAAAAGAUAUUCAAUUAGGAAUUUGACAAUAAAGAAAUUUCUCUUUCUGCAUUAA